AUGGCUGACGGCGAUGUGCUCCCUUCCUAUAAUGCGUUGUUCCCGGAGGAAGAGACUAACACCGUCAUCAAUGGCCGAAGACGGUACACGACGAUCACUCUCCGUGAGAUCUACUACCCUGGGGGCUGUCCUUGCCAUCCCAAGGAGAAGAAACUGUCCAAGAAGCGAAAGACACGCACGACCGACCAUCUCCGAGCGUUCAGCGAGUCAGAGCAGCGAAAGUUCGAGUCGUUCGACAAACAGCAACGCCAGCAGCAACAGCAACAACAACAACUCUUCAAAUCUGAUGAACACGGCCGUUUCCAACACGAGUGGCCUGGCCCCGUCCGUCGAUUCGAAAUCCUCAAAAGCACGACCUUGGGACUGGUUUGCCCGCAGAACCUCCUGCUAAGCGUCAUCGAUGCCGAUGUCGGGACCGUCCACACGGACCGUCUCAUCGAUCUUUCGACGCUUCCUACUUUCCGUCAUGAACCGGCUUUUGUGACCAGUACCAUGAAGUGGUGGAAGCAGAAAUUUAUUCUUCCACCUUCGUUUCAGAUCAUGCCUGGCACUGCUGUCCAGGGGCACCCGCAGCACAAGUGGCUGCGAGGCGGGGAUUUCACUCAGACGGGAAGUGAAGUCACUGGUCAGCUCAGAGAGACCUUCAACAAUUCUCCACCGGACGAACCAUACCCUCUGGCAGAGAUCAACUACCAGGGUUGGCAGGGCUUCACUCGAAUGUCCAUCUCACUGACCCUCUACAACAUAACCCCGGACAUGCACUACGCUCUUCCGGCCACGCAAGAUCCUCAGAACCCCGUCCACGAGAUCCGUUCCCACUAUACCAUUGCUCGCCGGGGCUGGAAGCGCGAGUACACCAUGACCGGUUCGCCGUCAUCGCCGAACUACAAAUGGCAUUCCCCCCCAAGCCACAACAGUGAGGUCCUCUCCACUCCGGCAGUGGACGACGGCUUUCACCCGGCCAAUGGAAACCUUCUACUGGAAGACUCCCAGGGGACGCUUGUGGCGGUGUAUAAGCAGAGACGCGACCACCAGGUCUUGGGCGCCUUGACGGUCUUCUUGGCCAAUGUCGCCGGAGGUACAAGCAGAGAGUCCCACCUUGAUGAGAACGGGUUUGGGAAUGGGCAUGGGCUUGGACAUCGACGUGAACGCGGACACGGCCAUGAAAGUAGGAGUAUCGAGAUACCUGACAGAGGGAUCUCUCUCGAGGCUGUGGUGGCGAGCUGCCUCGCCGUGGUCGUCUAUGAGCGGGUCGGAUGGCAGAAUCUCCUGGGCAACUGA